AUGGCCGCAGACGACUCCCAACAGACCGGCUCCCACGGCCAAGAUGUCCCCAUCGCAAUCGUGGGAUACGGGAUCCGAUUCCCUGGCGACGCCACCUCGCCAGAGAAAUUCUACGAAAUGCUCUCACAGGGCCGUGAUGCCUGGACGGAGACGCCUCCCAGCCGUUACAAUGUCGAUGCCUACUGGCAUCCUUCCACAGAGAGAAUCGGAACCACCUCAGCGAGAGGCGCUCACUACGUGGAGCAGGACCCCUCGGUCUUCGAUGCUCCAUUCUGUAAGAACGAGAAAAUUCGGGCCUGCAACCGAUCAGUACUGACAAAGGGCAUGCAGUUUCUAUGACCGGCGCUGAAGCGGCAGCGAUCGAUCCGGCACUCCGCAUGAUGCUCGAAAUCGUCUACGAGUGCUUGGAAGACUCCGGUAUCCCCAUGCAGUCCGUCGUCGGGAGCGACACUUCCGUCUUCGUCGGUACUUCCUCGUCCGAGUACCACGAUCUGGCCCUGAGCGACAUUGAAAACGUGCCGCUCUACGCCGCCGUCGGGAUCGGCAAUUGUAUGCUUGGGAACCGCCUGUCACAUUUCUACGACCUGCGAGGAACAUCGCAGACGAUCGACACCGCGUGUUCGGCAACGAUGGUUGCCAUGCACCAGGCGUGCAACUCCCUCCGAACCGGCGAGGCCAGAAUGAGUCUGGUCGCUGGAUCACAACUGAUGAUGGGUGCCGGUGGGAACGUGUCACUGACCCGUCUCGGAUUCUUGUCCCCAGACGGACGCUGCUACACUUUCGACGAGCGAGCAAACGGUUACAGCAGAGGAGAGGGCGUUGGCUGUCUCGCCAUCAAGAGACUGGAUGACGCUAUUGCCGACGGAGACACAAUCCGCGCUGUCGUCCGUGCCACUGGUUCAAACCAAGAUGGCAAGACACCUGGGAUCGUGCAGCCCAGCGCAAAGGCCCAAUCUGACUUGAUCAAGCAAGUCUACAGAGCUGCUAAGCUCAACCCAGACGACACCCAAUACUUUGAAGCACACGGCACCCGGACAACUCUGGGAGACCCUCUCGAGGUCAACGCCCUCGUCGAAGCAAUGGCAACCAGAGACCGAGCCGAAGACAACCCAAUGUACAUUGGAAGUGUCAAGACCAACGUCGGCCAUUUGGAAGGUAGCGCCGGUCUCGCCGGUCUCUUCAAGGCCAUCCUGCAGCUGGAGCACGGCCAACUCUUCCCGACACUGAACUUCAAGAAGCCAAACCCCCGUCUGAAGCUGGACGACUGGCACUUGAGGCUUCCGCUGGAGACGAUGCCAUGGCCCGGCAAGGGCCAGCGCAGAAUUUCCAUCAACUCCUUCGGAUACGGUGGAACAAACGCCCACUGCAUUCUCGACGAUGCAUACAACUACCUCAAGUCCCGCGGACUCAAGGGCAUGACAGCCACAGUGGCAGCGCCACCAGGCCUGCCUCGCAGGUCCAUUGACUCCGAGGGCAAUGAUUCGGCCAUGGGCUCGGAGACGAUCACGCCAGAAAAUGAAGCCGAUUCCGGACUUCCCAAGCUCUUCGUCUUCUCUUCGCCAGAGCAGGCGGCCGUCGACCGAAUGACAACUCGCUAUGCCGAGUGGCUGGAGCGCGAGAGCAAGGCCAUUGGUAAGGAGGACAUCAACCUGAGCGACCUGGCUUUCACCCUCGGCCAGCGACGAAGCAUGUUCCAGUGGCGCUACCCUGUCGUCGCCAAGAACGCCAAUGAGCUCCGAGAGACUCUUGCGAAGCAGACCAAGAGCACCCGAGCUGGACAGGUUCCCAACCUUCUCUGGGUCUUCACUGGUCAAGGUGCGCAGCACGCCGCCAUGGGCAAGGAGCUCUUGCAAUACCAGGCAUUCCGCGGAAGCAUCGAAGCGGCCCAACUAUUCUUCCGCGAAUCUCUCAAGGCCGACUGGGAUGUCUUGGAAGAGCUCACUCGAUCGCGCCAAGACUCUCGCAUUAAUGAGGCCGAAUUCUCGCAGCCUUUGUGCACAGUCGUCCAGGUCGCUCUGGUAGACUUGCUCACUUCCUGGAAAGUGCAGCCACAGGCGGUCGUCGGCCACUCCAGUGGAGAGAUUGGUGCCGCCUACGCUGCAGGCGCUCUGUCUGCCGCCGAUGCCUGGAGAGUUGCUUUCCACAGAGGCCGACUCUCUUCCAACAUUACUAACGAGGCACCAGAGCUCGAGGGCUUAAUGGGUAUGAUGGCCGUCGGCAAGCCAGCUGAGGAAAUCGAGCACUUGAUUCCCGGCGCGGACGCCGAGAAACCAGUCGUGGCUGCUUGCUACAACAGCCCACAGAACGUCACCCUCUCCGGUAACAAGCCAGUCCUCUCGGAGCUUGAGCAAAAGCUGAAGGAGGACGAUGUCUUCGUUCGCCAACUGAAGGUCGACAUCGCAUACCACAGCCCGUACAUGAAGGUCAUCGCCGAUCAGUACCAAGAAGCUAUCAAGGACAUCAAGCCCAUGGCCGGCAACAAGGAGAUCACUAUGCUCUCUACCGUCACCGGCCAGCAGAUAGAGGCUUCGGAGCUUGACGCCAGCUACUGGGUCAAGAAUAUGUGCUCUCCAGUGCGCUUCGUUGAGGGUAUCCAGGCUGCCUUCCCCAAGCAGAAGACCUUAAGCCGCCGCAAGAAGCGCGAGGGUCUUGCUAUCGACGGACUGCUCGAAAUCGGUCCCCACGGCGCCCUCCAGGGCCCCAUCAGACAGAUCCUGACCGAGGAGAAGAAGUCUGAGGAGGUCUUUUACGCAUCCAUGCUUUCCCGUGGAAAGGACGCCACAGUCACGUCGCUUGAGACUGCUGGUAUGCUGUGGUCCAAGGGCCUGCCAUUGGAUCUCGAGAGAGUCAACAACUCCUUGAUUGACGCUCCUCAGGGCAAGGUCCUGGCUGGUCUCCCAAGCUACUCGUGGAACCACGCCAACUCCUUCUGGUUCGAACACAAGGCCGAGUCCCGCCGUAAACGGGUGGGCUACCGUCAUGAUCUUCUCGGAGCCCGUCUUGAGCCCCACCUGGGUCUCCGCUGGCGAAACUGGCUGCGACCCAAGGAGAACCCAUGGCUCAUGGACUUCAAGAUCGACGAAGAUGCUGUCUUGUCGCCGCAGACGCUGAUGGUCUCCAUCAUUGAAGCUGGGAGGCAAAUGGCUGAGUCUUCUGGCAACGAGAGUCACGGCUUCACGUUGUCUGACGUGAAAUUCGGCACUCCAGUCGUCAUUCCAGAGCUUGGCACUGAUAUCUACACCGACUUAAGGCCCCUCGGGAAGAUGGACGUCGGCGCGGACGCAGACGCAGAGAAGUACUCUGAGUAUGAGUUUGACAUUUUCACCGACCCAGAGGAUGUGCCAAUCUACCACUGCCAGGGGAAAUUGAAGAUCCACUACGAGCAGGAUGUUCCUGUCAUCCAGAAGGACACUCGCUUUGAAGAGGACAUCGCGACCGCUGUAGAGCGCACUGCGGAGGAGUUCUACAGCCACUGGGACGACGAGAAGAUCCACUGGGGUCCUCAGAGCCAGCUCAUCAAGGAGCUGGUAUCCUCACCAAACUCGUCCAAGAUCGCACUGGAGCUGAAGGAGACCAAGAAGGCUAUGCCCCUCGAGUACGAAUACCCACAUCUCGUGCAUCCAACCACUUUGAAUGCUUGCUUCCAGGGCGUCUACGCCGCCAUCGGUAGCGAAGCUGCUUGGCCGGAGACACAGUCUAUUGACAGUAUCUACAUCGCAAACAGCUUCCCAAAAGGUGAAGGCGUCCAGCUCACGGCAGACUCGGACGUCUCCUACCAAGGGUUCGGAAGCUACGCGGGCGAGGUUGUCGUCAAAGACAAGGCCGAAAGAGUCCAGGUUUUCGCACAAGGGGUCAACCUCCAGACCGAGAUGCUCAGGAACGUUGCCGAGGAGAAGCUUCCCGGCGAUGUCAAGAAGGUGGCUUCCAACUUCUACUGGAAGCCGGACCCAGCCAAGGUCACUCCAGAGAAGGCCAGCACUGUCUUCAAUGAGAAGGAAUUGAUCCUCCAGUCUCCACAGAAGCCAGUCUUCUCAGGCACCGGUUCGCUCUGCCACAAGCAGCAAUCUGCCGUUCCGGAUAUGGUACCAUGGAAAGCGUUCACCAGCAAGUGGCUGGAGCUUUGCGGACAUAAGAAGCCCACACAGAUGGUCGUGGAAGCCGCUCACUCCGCCGAUGACUUUGCACUCAAGGCUCUUGAGGUGCUCGGAGGGCAGUUCGGUGCGACUCCAGUGUGUUCCAGGUACUUGUGCGCUGUGCAGGAGGCUCUGCCAGAGGGAUCUACCCAGUUCGAAGACUGGUCGCACUUCUUCUCGACCAAGCAGCUCGACCUGAAGGCCGAGAGCAAUGUCCAGGAGCCUGAAGCGGCAACUGUUGACACAUUCAUCAUCUCCGAGCGUCUUGCUGGUCUCAAUGAUGCCGAGAUCCUUCUCAAGAACGCCGAAAAUGCCUUAAGGCCAGGUGGAUGGUUGGUGAUGUCCCAAGUCGACGUUCCAGAUUCGGAGGCAGACCUUGAGGCCGUAUCGCUUCAACUUCAGGAGCGCGGAUUCGGUGGUGUCAAGUUCUCUCUGCGCUCGAGCGCUUCCGAUGCGAAUACCCGAGUAUUGAUCUCGCAGAAGCCUGAGAGGCCUACUCUCGAAGUGGACAAGACCCUCGUUGUGCUUCCAGAAGAAGUUUCCGAGGAUCUCCAGAAGUUUGUUGAGCUCCUCAAAGACGGCUUUGCCAACAUGGACGUCGCAGUCGAAGUCAGCACCUGGAACAAGGUGACGGCCGACACCUCCAUCAUCAAGAACCAGGCAGUCAUCAACCUGCUCGAAGCCGAGACUCCCUUCAUCUGGCAGAUCACCGAAGAGCAGUACGAGCAAGUCCGCGCAUUCCUUCUCAACGGCCAUAACGGAGGGCUCUGGUUGAACAAGGGCAACUGCAACCUCGAGCCAGAGAGUGACUUCAAGUUCCACUCCGCCACCGGUCUGCUCCGUGUGAUGCGCAAUGAGGAAGAGAAGAAGUUCACCGAGCUCUCUCUAUCUCACCACGAGCCUCUUGCUCAUCAAUUGGCCGUCGACCACACACUCCAGUGCUUCCGCGACGUUUAUGAAGCUGAGUCGCUGGAGAAAACCGCGGAGAUGGAAGGUGGCGAGCUCAAUGGUGUUCUCCACAUCUCCCGUAUCUAUGAUGAGCCCAUCGAGAACCGCCAGAUGCAAAUGAUGGGAAAGCAGCCUCCGCCGAAGCAGGUCACUCUCGGAGAGCAAGACCGUCCUCUUCGCUUGACCAUUGACGAUCCUACCGAUCUUGGUUCUCUCAAAUUUGUGGACGAUCCCGAGAACCAGGGAGAUCUUGGUGACAGCCAGGUCCAGAUUGAAGUUCAAGCCCAUGGUGUCCGCUCCAUGUAAGUUCGGGAAGCAUUAUUGACAAAUCUUGACAACUUCAGACGACUGACAAAUCCGCAGGCACGACAUCAGGAGCCUUGGUCUCGUGGAAAGGAACUUGGGCACCUGUGCCGCGGGCACCAUCAGCCAAGUUUGCAGCAAGGUUUCCCAAUUCAAGGCUGGAGACAGUGUUGCUUUCUUCGGUCCUGGAGCAUACCGCACGCACAUGCAGGUUGACGAAGAUGCCGUUCUGUCAAUCCCCGACUCCAUGCGAGCCUCUACUGCGGCUAUCUUUGUCGAAAAUCUGUUGUUGGCAUACUACGCUGUCUUCGAGAUUUGCCGACUGCGACCUCGCGACCCAAUUCUUGUCACUUCUGCGGAAACCGGCUUGGGUCAGCAGAUUGUACAGCUGGCCGGUCACGUUGGAGCCAAAGUGUUCCUCUUGACUACGGAUGAAGAAUCGAAAGAAAAGGCCGUUGCUGAUUACGGUCUUCAGCCUUGAACCAUGCGGAGAGCUGGAACGCAGCAGUGGCGGCAGUCGAGGAGCAGAUGAUCGAGAAGGUUGCCAGUGCCAUUCCGAUGCCACCAGAGGAUGUCGACCCAUCCAGACCCAUGGGACACUACGGUGUCGACUCGCUGAUUGCCAGUGAGGUCCGAAACUGGGCCUUCAACGUGGUGAAGGGUACUUUGCACGCAGCGGAGAUUCUGUCGGCGCCGUCAAUUGACGAGUUGGCGGCCAAGCUUGCCUCGCGGAGUGGUCUCGUGCCCGACCAUCUCAAGGAAGGGAACUAA